UUGCUGUUGCGCAGCUGCUGUGCCUGGACUCCACCAUGGAGGAGCGCCAUAGCAAUUUCUCUCAGGUCCUGUUUAACAAUGUGGAGAAGUUCUAUAUUCCUGGAGAUGUCGUGUGCUGUUACACCCUCACUGAAAAGUUCGUCCCUCGUCCCAAGGACUGGGUCGGCGUUUUUAAAGUAGGGUGGGAGACGACCCAGGAGUAUUACACCUUCAUGUGGGCCCCCAUGCCCGAUGACCUAAACACAGAAUCAGCCACACAGCAGAAAAUCCAAUUCAAAGCGUACUAUCUGCCCAAGGAUGAAGAGCAUUACCAGUUCUGCUAUGUGGAUGAAGAUGGUUUGGUCCAGGGAAUAAGUAUCCCCUUCCAGUUUCCUCCACCAGACUCUGAGGAGGACAUAAUGAUUGUUAUCAAUAAGGAAAAGAUGGACGAGAUGGAACAGCUCAGGGAGGAGCUUUACCAAGAAAACCAGGAACUGAAGGACAAGUAUGCUGACCUCCAUGAGCAGCUCCAGAGGAAGCAGGUGGCAUUGGAGGCAACACAGAGGAUGAAUGAGAGCUUAGGACAGGAAGUGGAACAGAAGGCCUCUUGGGAGAAACAGAAGGCCUCUUGGGAGGAACAGAAGGCCUCUUGGGAGGAACAGAAGGCCUCUUGGGAGAGUGAGAUGCUCCACCUGAAGGAAUACAACCAGAAGAUAACCUCGGAAAAGGAGAACAUGGAGAUCAGAAUAGAAGACCUUCUGAUCCAGCUGAUGUAUAAAUACAGAGGAUUGGUGGAUUUUAUCUUGAAAGAUGAAGAAAAGACAAAGCAUUGGGAACGGCUCCAGAAAGAAAGCAACAGCCAGCUCUCCUCUAGCUUCACUGAACAGAAGCAGCACUGGAAAGAGCUUGAACGGAUAGUGGAAAUGCUGAAGGAGAAUGAUGCUGCAGUAUGGAAGGAAGAGCAGGAGCUAAAGGCUAGAGUUGUCGCUCUGCAACAAAAGCUCAUCAACAUCAACAUCGACUACAACCACCUGCAGCAAGAUAACGACAUCCUGUGUGGAGAGAACAGGAGGCUAAACACAGAAAUCUGUCUCCUGAAGAAUGAGAACAAGGCACUGAGGAGCUCCCUGGCCAACAAGGAUGUCUCUUCAAAUGAAAGAGCUGCUGAGCCCGAGGUCCCCACACCUCAGGUUGAUGCUGAGCCCGAGGCCCCCACACCUCAGGUUGAUGCUGAGCCCGAGGACCCCUCAGCUCAGGCUGAUGUUGAGCCCGAGGUCCCCUCUGCUCAGGCUGAUGCUGAGCCCGAGGUCCCCUCUGCUCAGGCUGAUGCUGAGCCCGAGGUCCCCUCUGCUCAGGCUGAUGCUGAGCCCGAGGUCCCCUCUCCUCAGGCUGAUGCUGAGCCCGAGGUCCCCUCUCCUCAGGCUGACGCUGAGCCGGAGGUCCCCUCAGCUCAGGCUGAUGCUGAGACCGAGGUCCCCUCUCAGGCUGAUGCUGAGCCGGAGGUCCCCUCUCCUCAGGCUGACGCUGAGCCGGAGGUCCCCUCAGCUCAGGCUGAUGCUGAGCCCGAGGUCCCCUCUCCUCACGUUGAUGCUGAGCCAGAGGUCCCCUCUCCUCACAUUGAUGCUGAGCCCGAGGCCCCCUCAGCUCAGGCUGAUGCUGAGCCCGAGGCCCCCUCAGCUCAGGCUGAUGCUGAGCCCGAGGUCCCCUCUCCUCACGUUGAUGCUGAGCCCGAGGUCCCCUCUGCUCAGGCUGAUGCUGAGCCCGAGGUCCCCUCAGCUCAGGCUGAUGCUGAGCCCGAGGCCCCCUCAGCUCAGGCUGAUGUUGAGCCCGAGGCCCCCUCAGCUCAGGCUGAUGCUGAGCCCGAGGCCCCCUCAGCUCAGGUUGCUGAGCCCGAGGUCCCCUCUGCUCAGGCUGAUGCUGAGCCCGAGGUCCCCUCAGCUCAGGCUGAUGCUGAGCCCGAGGCCCCCUCAGCUCAGGUUGCUGAGCCCGAGGUCCCCUCUGCUCAGGCUGAUGCUGAGCCGGAGGUCCCCUCUCCUCAGGCUGAUGCUGAGCCGGAGGUCCCCUCUCCUCAGGCUGAUGCUGAGCCCGAGGUCCCCCCAGCUCAGGUUGAUGCUGAGCCCGAGGUCCCCUCUCCUCAGGCUGAUGCUGAGCCCGAGGUCUCCUCUCCUCAGGCUGCUGCUGAGCCCGAGGUCUCCUCUCCUCAGGUUGAUGCUGAGCCCGAGGUCUCCUCUCCUCAGGCUGCUGCUGAGCCCGAGGUCCCCUCUCCUCAGGCUGAUGCUGAGCCCGAGGUCCCCUCUCCUCAGGCUGAUGCUGAGCCCGAGGUCCCCUCACCUCAGGUUGAUGCUGAGUCCGAGGCCCCCUCACCUCAGGCUGCUCCUGAAUCCGAGGUCCCCUCACCUCAGGCUGCUCCUGAAUCCGAGGUCCCCUCAGCUCAAAGAGCUGGCAGCUCAAACCCUUUGCUGUGGGAAUGUGAUGAAGACUCAUAUACUGGUAUCUCAGGAAGUUCUCUUUACAUGGACCCAAGCUGGGAGCAGCUGGAGCCCAAAGAUUUGUAUUGUCCAUUCUGUAUGAAGACCUACAGAGCAACAAGGAGAUGGGUCUCCUGGGACAACUGUCCCACACUCAUCCCUGCCUGAGCACUCCAGCCUGCGCGUCUCUGCUGGGCCAUAUUCUGUGUGGAAUAUGGUUUCUACUGUAAAUGAUCCUAUCGGAGAAGGCUUGCCUAGCCAGAAAUCAUUAGAACCCCUAAUCGUUAGAACUGCUGCCUAUAAAACUGUCCUAGGAUGACAUUGAACACUGCUGCCGCCACCCUGUCACGACCAGCCUCAGCUUGUCACCUCCAGUGCCCAGGACGAAGGUACUUUCUGAUUCACACCACAGCAGCUGAUUGACACUAAGUCAUUGCCUUCUGAGAUACUUAGCACAUUCAUUCAGGCCUUGAUGCAUUCGUCCCCAGGCUUCAGUCCUAACCUUGAGGGCAGCAAGCAAAGGGGACCACAAGUGAAUUUCUUCACCAGUCUUUCAAGCAGUUGCAUCAAAUUAUCCCAAUGACACAGCAGAUUUGAAGGUUAUUAGCUUCCAAAAGAGACCUUUGCCAUUUUUGUUUUACUUUCUUUCCACAAGGCCGUCUUACGUCAUGGAGUUUUUUUCCCCUUACUCUGGCUAAUAUGAAAUUCUGUGUAACCUGGAACUAGCAAGAUAAACUUGCUGACUCACCUUCCUAAGUCCCGAGGCUGGUCCCGAGGCUGGUCCCGAGACACUGCUUCAGUCGCUUAGUGACUAAUUAGGAAUUGUUAGUAUGUAGGCUUGCAACCUUCUCCUUAGGUAAUUGAGUUUAUGAAAGAAUGAGUCUUUAUAACCUUAAUUAAAAAUUCCUCUUCUCAAGGA